ACCUUUCGUUUUGCUCCAGUUUGUGUCUAAAUAUGUGUUUAUUUCCUUUUUAGUGACUUCGUUUCCUCGUGGCAGGUGCACAAGGAUUUCCUCUGGAGCAGGGAGAACCUUCCUUUAACUUUAUUUAGCAUCACCUGCUCCUUGCAUGGGUGGUGUGACUCCAUUGCAGGGGUUGGUGCCUCUCCAGUCUGGGAUGGAGUUGGGAUCUGACCAUGCCAGGCAUCCCAUAAAUCCUCUUAUAAAGCUUUUUGGGGGAUGGUGCAGGGGUAUUUAGGCAGAUACCUCGGAGCAUCCCCGUGGAGGGAAAUAGGGCCCCCAAGUUGCUUCUCCACUGGGAUUUUCCCUGGAUGACGACCCCAGUGCUCCGCCUUGGGCAGGUGUCCCCUGGUGAUGAAGAGGAGCGGGAUGCGCUGGUGGCUCGUCACCGUCCUGGGGGUGCUGAGCAGACUCGUGGGGGCCGAGAGCUGGAAUUCCUGGGAGCCCAGGACACCGGGAUGCCCUCCCGGGGAGGAGCCCAGCGGGGCCGGCGGCGGGUCCGCAGCCCCGAAACGCCGGGACGAGCACUGGGAACCAACGGGACACGGGUGACCCCCAGGGGGGAGGAAGAGGAGGAGGCGGCGGCGGCGGCUCAGGCGGCCCUGCUGACCAUCGUCCCGGUCUUCUGUGCCAUGGGAUUGCUGGGAAUCCUAGUGUGCAACCUGCUGAAGAAGAAGGGGUACCACUGCACCGCCAGCAAGGAGCCGCAGCCCGGAGGUACCGGUCCCAGCUCCAUCUACCAGCCGGAGGAUGCCAGCGAGGACACCAUCGGGGUGCUGGUGCGGCUCAUCACUGAGAAGAAAGAAAACGCGGCGGCGCUGGAGGAGCUGCUGAAGGAACAUCGCAGGCAGCAGCUGAUGCCGCCGAGCUGGGCCCCCCUGCAUAAGCUGCACCUCCUGCCGCAGUUCCCCCCUUCCUGUCACCACCAGCAGCACCUGCACACGGUGCAGGGCCCGGCCCCCUGCGCCCGCUGCACCCAGAAGUGGCCGGCGGUGCUGCCACCCCCCGGUGCCGCCAAGGUCCCCAAGCCCAGCGAGGUGACCAUCCUCUCCAUCGGCAGGUGGCACCUGGCCAGGGGGUGGCCUCGGGGGACAGUGACACCCACACGGACCCCCCUGGAGGACAUGGGGCGUUGUGAGAAGCCAGUCCCACUCAGAGCCACGAGGAGCUGGAGGUGCAGCUCGGCCUCUGCUCCUGCCACCGAGGUGUCCAGUGGCAGCACAGCAAACCCAAGGCCCUGCCCAGGUGCUGGGAAGGAUUCCCUGUGCCGUGGUCCGGCGUGGUGGCCUGAUGGACACGAUCUCUGGGAACCACACCAUGGCACAGCUCCACUGGGAGCCACUGGGAUGCCACCCACGGUCACCUCCCGGGGUCUGCUGAACUGAAGCCCCUCCAGGACCACCACGAGCUCCUGACUUCCCUCCCAUCACCAGCUGCCAGGAUAACGACAGCCACUGGAUCACUGGAGAACUCCCACCUCACCAACAACCCCCACUGGGCGUGGACUGCUCCGGGCAAAGCCGGUCUCCUGCAUCCAUCCACCCGCUAUCCAAAGUCUCCCUCAGCCCAGGAGAACGUGGUGGGGACGCUCCCCGUGAAGGCCACACACUUCACUUCCCACAGGAGAUGUUUCUGUAGGAUCACGUCGGGAUCAUCGGGGCAACCCACCCAAGGUUGAGCUGGAGACCAUCCAGCUCCAGCAACGGGUUCAUGGCCCAUCCCAUUCACCCCACCCCCUCCACAUCCCUGUGCCAAA